GACAUUUGGAACUCUAACAUUUAUUUUAGGAAAUUCUAUAAAAUGAGUAUUCCUGGCAGCGGCGGGACAAACACCUGCAGCAGCGCAGGGUUAAACAGCAAUGUGGCCGGCGGUAGCACAGGCUUAACAGUAACAUUGCCCACGCAAUUGGCAGAUGGGUGGCUGGAGCUGGAAUCAGACCCAGGUUUGUUUACACUUCUGCUGGAAGAUUUUGGAGUACGCGACGUGCAAGUAGAAGAAGUUUAUGAUUUACAAAAACCUAUAGAAAGUCCCUAUGGCUUUAUUUUUCUCUUUCGCUGGAUCGAAGAACGCCGUGCUAGACGUAAAAUUGUUGAGACUACGGCAGAAAUAUUCGUCAAAGAUGAGGAGGCCAUAUCUAGUAUAUUCUUCGCUCAACAAGUAGUGCCAAACAGCUGUGCCACGCAUGCGUUACUGUCGGUUCUUCUUAACUGUAACGAAAAUAACCUGCAUCUGGGUGGCACACUAAGCAGACUAAAAGUGCACACGAAAGGUAUGAGCCCAGAAAACAAAGGUCUGGCUAUAGGAAAUACGCCUGAGUUGGCUUGUGCCCACAAUUCGCAUGCAAUGCCGCAAGCACGUCGCCGUCUGGAACGAACUGGUGCACUUACAACUAGCUGCCGCUUUACUGGCGAAGCUUUCCACUUUGUCAGUUUUGUUCCAAUCAAUGGCCAUUUAUUUGAGUUGGAUGGCUUGAAACCGUAUCCCAUGGAUCAUGGCGGGUGGGAGCAACAUGAGGACUGGACAGACAAGUUUCGGCGAGUUAUGGCUGAACGCCUGGGAAUUGCCACCGGUGAACAGGACAUUCGCUUUAACUUGAUGGCGGUGGUCCCUGAUCGACGUAUUGCUAUAACACACAAACUUAAAAUGUUGCGAACGAAUCAGGCUAUUGUUUCUAGCACUCUGCAGAAACUGCUUAAAGCGGACGAGCAGAGUGAAUCUGGCAACAACAGCGAUCAACAACGACCGGAUACACCUACAACGCUUCUGGAACCCAGUGCAUUUACAGCGCGAGAUCUGCAAUCGCUACUCAAAAAUUUAGACACGGAAAUCGCAAUUAAUGAGCAACAUUUGGCCGAUGAGAACGAUAAGCGACAUAUGUUCAAGGUUGAUGCCAGCCGUCGUACUCACAACUAUGACAAAUUUAUCUGUACUUUUCUCUCCAUGCUGGCUCAUCAGGGCAGGCUCGGGGAUCUGGUCAGUCAACAUUUGCUCCCCUCGAAAAAGAUCAGUGGUCAAAGUAUGGCCAAUCGAGUAACCAAGCAAACCACAACUACUACAAAUGUUAGCUCAAACGCUGCUCUUGCAACUAAGCAACAAACACCUAAAAAUGGUAAAUCGUCAGGCAAAACACCAGGUCGCCGGCGCAAGGGACGCAAUAAAUGCAAAAAGCGAAAGUAAGCGUUCUUACUUGUUUUGAGAAAUUUGUUCACGAACAGUUUUGUCUAACCCUAUAUUUAACAAACUACUAUCCGUAAGCACGUAUUCAGAAAAAGUUCUCUAUCGUUUCUUUUCGAAAAUUGUUCCAGAAUAUGUAUGUAUUUACAUAUCUGAGCUCUAGUACGAUUUUCCUACACGAGUGUAAAAUAAUAAAUUAUGUAUGUAUGUAUGUGUAUGAAUAAAAAAUAAAUUAUGAAAUAUGUGAAA